AAGAUGGGUCUCGAGAGUGAUUAUAUUUUUGUUGUAUGACCCCCACAAGCAUUGUGUCAUUCUCAUACAUGGAUUUGGAUAUGAUUCUCGUUAGAUUGUCUGUUGUGAACAGCUAUGACUAAUGCUUGAGUGUGGCUUUUGAUGCCAUCGUUUCAAUGUUGGUGAUUCAAGUCAACCAAAGGCCAAUCUCACAAGAAAGUAACACAGGUUUCUCUUGCAGGCACACCAAUGAAGCUUGAAACUAGAAUUAAAUGAUGAGAGCCCCACAUAGCAAAUAAAAGGGAAGAAACCACAUUCUCUCUAUUAUACACUCCUCUCAUUCUCUCUCCUACUAACCAACCUUCUAAAGAAUUGCCUUCCUUUCUUCCCCCUGGUUUCUCAGCUGCAGACAGUAAUGGCUAUGGAGUUCUCAUCCAAAAGGCACUUCCAUUGGACAAGGAAGGUCAGUAAUGAAGAAGACGAUUCCACCUUCAAAUCAUCAGACUCUGCCACUGAAGAAAAGCAGGAGAACGCCAAGUCCAUUUUACAGGAGCCACAGGAACAGCAGCAGUUUCGAGCACAAUUGACCAGGAGGAAACUGCAACAGCUCGCUGUCUCUCGGUUUCGUUCGGUUCUUACUGCCCUUGGCCGCAACCGCAACCCACAACUUGGUCUCCGUUCUCGAGUGAUUGGAACAUUAUUUGGUUCUCGCCGGGGGCAUGUACACUUUGCAUUUCAGAGAGAUCCCAGUUCACAUCCAGCUUUCUUGAUUGAGCUUGCUACACCAAUCAGUGGUCUGGUGAAGGAAAUGGCAUCUGGACUUGUUCGAAUUGCGCUGGAAUGUGAUAAAGAGAAGGAUGUAAACAAGAAACCAGGAGGGAGACUACUUGAAGAGCCUGUUUGGAGGACUUUUUGCAAUGGGAAGAAAUGUGGCUUUGCUUCAAGGAGAGAAUGUGGACCUAAGGAGUUGAAGAUCUUGAAAGCCGUGGAGCCAAUUUCCAUGGGCGCUGGCGUCUUACCGGUGGACGAAGGCACCGAAGGCAGCGGUGGUGGCAGUGGGGAAGGAGAAGGUGGAUCAGAUGGUGAUAUCAUGUACAUGAGGGCAAAGUUUGAGAGAAUUGUAGGCUCAAGGGAUUCUGAAGCUUUCUACAUGAUGAACCCAGACAGUAAUGGAGCUCCUGAGCUCAGUAUCUAUUUGCUAAGAGUAUAAUUUGAGCAACCAUGGAAGGAUUGAUCUAAAUCACUACUCAAGUUCCUUCAUUUCAGCAGCAGCAGCUCAGCUAAAAUCCAACUCCAUGUGCUGUCGUUUCUUCUCUUUUUCAUGUGCUGUGUUAUGUAUCAUUGCCAGUUUAGGUUUCUUUCUUUUUGCUGGGUGUGGGGGGAUACAUUACAAGACGAUGGUGAUGAAGGUGUAAAGUAUAGUUUCUGUUCAUUCAUGAUUAAUUACAAUUACCUUAGAAAAUUUCGUUUGA